AUGGACGCCUCAUCUGCCCAGGUGAAGGUCGUCUUCACCACCAGCGAGGAAGACCUCGUCCUCCCAGAGUCCAAGAGACAACUGCUCGUACCAGCAGAUAUCAAGCGCUAUGGCCUCUCUCGCAUCUUAAACUCCGAGUCGAUGCUGGACACUUCAUCGCCGGUCCCUCUCGAUUUCCUCGCCAACGGCACAUUUCUGAAAACGAGCAUUGAAGAAUACCUCAAGUCAAAUGGCCUGUCUCAGGAAACAACAUUGACCCUGCAAUACGUUCGCAGUCUUCUCCCUCCAGUUUACGAAGCCAGCUUUGAGCAUGACGACUGGGUCAGCGGUGUCGACGUCCUGUCGUCAACUUCUCCCGCCGGUCUGCUGGCUGGGGAUGCUGCUGUGAAUGAGCGGGUUGCCAGUGCCUCUUACGAUGGGCUUGUGAGGAUCUGGAACCCCUCAGGAACGGCAAUUGCCGUCUCUGCCGGUGGUAAAGGCGAAGGACACACCCAGCGCAUCAACGCUGUGCGAUGGCUGUCACCGACCCAGCUGGCGGCGGCUGGCUUGGAUCGAAAAGUCGUCGUCUGGGACUACAAGGAAGCGGACGAUGGCUUCUCUGGAACUCUAAAGCCCAACAUGGAACUUUGGGGCCACGGCAAGAACAUUAACGGCAUUGAUGUCAACGGCUCUACCCGGCGCAUCCUGACAGCCUCUUCAGAUGGUCGCGUUGGCUUGUGGUCCGCCUCCAAACGAACGGCGCCCCAGGCCGACCCCGAAUCCCUCCCCUCCGCUCACAGCACGAAGCGAGCCAAGCUGUCCAACGCCGGCUCUACCGCCCAGCGCGGGCCGCUGGCAAUGAUCCCCUUGCACGAGGAGGCAGUCACAGCCGCCAUCUUCCAUCCCAAGGACUCGACCGUCGCUUACUCUGCGUCCUUGGACCACACAGUCAAGACGAUUGAUCUCACAACACAGAAAGAAGUAUCCCGCCUCACCACCAUGCACCCCAUUCUCUGCGCGACGGCACUGCCUGGUGCGUCACUGGUAGCCGCUGGUUCCUCGGCACGACACAUCACCCUGCUGGACCCCCGAGAGUCUGCUGCCGCAACCGCCGCCAUGACCCUUCGAGGCCACGUCAACAUGGUUGUAUCGGUGGCUGCCUCCCCGGAAAACGACUACUCGCUCGUGUCCGGCUCGCACGACAGCACGUGCCGCGUGUGGGAUCUGCGUAGCGUCCGGCUCGCGUCGUCCGAAGAGGGCGGCGGCAGCGUCAGCGAGCCAGUCUACACCAUCGGAAGAGAGUGGCUCAAGGGCAAGAAGCUGCCACCAGCCGGAGACGGCGCCAAGGUGCUGAGCGUGGCAUGGGACAAGACGUGGGGCAUUGUAAGCGGAGGAGAGGAUAAAAAGGUUCAGAUCAAUCGGGGUAACGGGCUGCUAGCUUCAUAG